AUGAGUUCAGAAAGAGCCUCUACAUCUUUUCCUUCGUCAACUUCUGAAUGGAAAUAUGAUGUCUUUCUAAGUUUCCGAGGUAUAGACACCCGGAACGGUUAUACAAACUACUUAUACAAUUCACUGGAAGAUCAGGGAAUAAAAACUUUCAUGGAUGACCGUGAGCUCCAAAAAGGGAAAUCUAUUUCUACGGAACUUUUCGCUGCAAUUGAAGAAUCAAAUAUUGCACUCGUCGUACUCUCACUAAAUUAUGCAUCUUCAGCAUGGUGCUUGGAUGAACUUUUGAAGAUUCUUGAGUGCAUGGAAGCUAGGAAAACAAUUUAUCCAAUAUUCUAUAAUGUCGAUCCCUGUGAAGUGAGACGACAAACUGGAAAUUUUGCAGAAGCCUUCACCAAACAUGAAAAGAGACCUAGUGACGACACAGAGAAGGUGCAAAAGUGGAGAGCUGCUCUAACAAAAGUGUCAAACUUACUCUGGGUGGAAUUCAAAGGACUACAGGUAUGA